UAAACUGAAGGGUCUGUGUGCCGUUAUAGAAUAACGGUGAAUUUGACACAUUAUCAUUAACCCGGAUUGUUAAUCAUACCCUCACGGAGUGCAAAGUUCAGGCACCACACGUACUGCAACCCAGCUCGGCCACUGAGAGUAAAUCUGUUCAUUCACAGAAUCAGGACAGACGCGAGUUCUCGGGCUGUUGUUUCGGCCCAGGAUUGCCAGUGGAUUCGUGUCACUCAGUUGUUAUCGUCAAUAUUGUAGUUUGCUUCCAAUCCACGUACAGUCAUGGCAGAUCGCUCGCUUUUGGCCCUUGUGAAGAUCGCGGUAGAGGUGAUAACACUAGUGGUUACCUUGUGCACUGGCAUCGCCGUAGCCACGACGGUUGGCGUAACACGGGCCAAGAUUCACCUGUGCAUUUUGUCCGUAGACGUUUCAUGUAAUUCGAAUUACGAUUUCAAUGACGCCGCACCAUCGACCUGUAACUACUGCCUGGCUAUACCCAUCAUUUCUGUGGUCCUUUCACCAGUGAUUGCGGCCUACCGGUUUUUCGUUUACUUGAAGCCUAAUCGUGGCACAGGAGUGAUCACAAUAGUCAUCGUCGGUGGACUUGCGCUGUUAUCAAUCCUUUGGCUUGUGACGGCUGCAAUUGUUUCUGCUGGAUUGGCUUCAUUCUGCAACCAGCUGGGUUGCUAUCAGCCAGGAGCAGACUGCCGCUACCUUCAAAACAACAUAGGUUGGAACGAUUAUUACGAUGGGAAGUCUUUCUACGAUAUGACGAAAACUGCUGAGGCUGCGGCCUGGGUGUCCUUUCUGUUUUGGACGGGUCUGACCGUCUGGUGUUUCGUCUGGGACCUGAUCAUCCGACGACGCAGUCCACGGCAGUCGAGCCAGGCAGGCAAGCCAACCCCGGUGGAUGUCCCAAUCUAAAAAAAAAAAACACCACCUAGUAAAUAAACUAAAAAGGUAUCCAUGUCAAAUGGAAUAAAAAGACGGAACUUGUAAAAACAAUUUUAGGCCUGUAAGCCUGGUCACUGGGUGGAUUUAAAGUACUCUAAGGCCCAUCAGUGAUCAUAUUGAAAUUCUGACGAAAGCUUAUUGUUGAUCUAGGCCUACGCAAUUUGUGUCAAUGAAAUUUGAGUAGCAAAAUGUAAGCACUCCUACAACCACGUCUUGAACUGAUUUUAAUGCAUGACUGUAAUGUAUUGAAUACAAAUCUAUCAAAAUUGUAUAUCUAUUUUUAACAGCGGUGCAUAAAGACCAUUCUGGGCAUCCU